AUGGCAGAAAAAACUGAAGAUGAUUGGAAAAUUAUUGCCAAACAGUUUUUAUACAGAACUGACUUUCCAAAUUGCAUUGGUGCUGUGGACAGGAAACAUGUGAGACUGAAGAAGCCUGCUGACAGUGGCUCAGAGCUUUAUAAUUACAAGAAUUAUUUUUCGACAAUUCUUUUGGCCGUAGUGGACACUGACUAUUGUUUCACGGUGAUAGACGUGGGCUCAUACGGAGCCAAUGGGGAUUCUAAUGUGUUCAAGAAAUCCAACUUCUAUCAAAAACUGAAAUCUAAUCAGUUAAACAUUCCAGAUCCUCAAAAAUUACCACACGACGAGGAAGGAGAGCCUCAACCUUUUAAUUUUGUAGGAGAUGAAGCAUUUGCACUGUCUAGACAUAUUCUGCGGCCGUACUCGAAGAAAAACCUGAUAAUGAAACAGCGUGUUUUCAAUUAUAGACAUUGUUGUGCUCAUAGAAUGGCGGAAUGA